AUGGCGAACGCAUCCGAGAAGGAGGUCGAUAUUGACCAACUUGAACGCGCCGAUACCAAGGCAUCUGUGGACAGCGAUAAGCUGAACGAUGCCCGUAUUGCAGCUUUUACCCCUGAGGAGCAGAAGAAGAUCAUUAGGCGCAUUGACAAACGCCUUGUCUUGACCUUGGGCUUUCUGUACUGUGUCUCGCUGAUGGAUCGAACCAAUCUCGGCAUCGCCGUUGUUGCCGGGAUGGGAGUCGACUUGGUCCUGACGGGAAAUCGAUACUCUAUCAUCGUCCUUCUCUUCUUCAUCACCUACGUCUUGCUGCAACCUCCGGCCACGGUCGUCUUGCGCAAGCUUGGUCCCCGGCUCUUCCUUCCUACCAUCACUCUUCUCUGGGGCAUCACCAUGAUCUGCUUUGGGUUUGUCAAAGACUGGACUGAUCUAAUCGGACUGCGUCUGGUGCUGGGUGUUUUCGAAGCCGGUUUCUUCCCAGGGUGCGCCUAUUUAUUGUCUUGCUGGUAUCCCCGCUACGACCUCCAGAAACGAAACGCCGUGUUCUAUCUCAUUGGGUCCAUGGCGUCCGCCUUCUCCGGCAUCCUCGCCUAUGGCUUUUCACAAUUGAAGAACCACGGGAGCGGACCAGCCUGGUGGGGCCAACACUAUGGUCCUACUGCGGCCAAUCCCACGGCUCCCUCCGGUGUCCUGCCUGGCAUUGCAGGAUGGAGAUGGAUCUUCAUCCUUCAGGGCGUCUUGACCUCCAUCAUGGCCAUUGUCUCGUACAUCUUGAUUGUCGAUUUCCCCGAACUGUCAACCGAGACCUUUGGCCUGAAGUUCUUGAACAAGGCAGAAGCCGAUUUUGUCGUCGCACGCAUCGAGAAGGACCGACAUGAUGCCAUUCCUGAAAGAUUCCGCUUGGGCGAAUACCUCAAGAACGCUCUGGAUUUGAAGGUAUGGGGAUUCGCCGCGCUUUUCGGUCUGUCAACCACGAAUACAUACGCGAUCGCCUACUUUUUGCCUAUCAUCCUGAACUCGGGCAUGGGGUUCGAUGUCGCUGCAUCUCAAUGUCUUGUGGCACCUCCAUAUGUCCUUGCCGCCAUCGUCAUGUACGGCUUUGCCUAUUUGGGCGAUAAAUGGCACCUUCGGUCUCCCUUUAUCCUCGCCAACGGAGCUCUGCUUCUGAUUGGUCUUCCACUUCUCGGCUACCUCGACAAUGUGGGCGUCCGCUACUUUGGUGUUUUCAUCGCCACCACAGCCUGCAAUGCGAACGUUCCCUGCGUCCUUACCUGGCAAGCCAACAACAUUCGAGGCCAGUGGAAGCGGGCUCUGUGCAGCGCCACACUCGUCGGUGCUGGCGGCAUUGGCGGAAUUAUUGGCAGCACGGUUUUCCGAGAAGAGGAUAAGCCGGACUAUCAUCCCGGUAUCUUGACUUGCAUGAUUGCCAGCGGCCUGAUCAUCAUUAUCACCUUGGCUUUGGAUUACAAGUUUUGGAGAGCCAACAAGCGAGCUGCGGCGGGUGGAAAGCCCAUCGAGGGUCUUCAAGGGUUCUACUACACCUACUAG